UCGGCCGCGGGAACAUGGCGCAGUUCCUCUGGAUUAACUUUUCCCAGGGAAAACUUCGGAGGACGGCGGCAUAGCGCGCAGCUCCCGGCGUCGUCUGGAUAAGAGAAAGCGCAGCGGAGCGCGGAGAGGAGCGACGCCGCGGGGCUCGUUCCGUUUCGGACGGUGUAUUUUCCCGACCUGCCUCGCUGCUGCUGUGGGAUGAAAGUCUGGAGCUGCCGGAUUUAGCGGAGAGCAGGAUGGAAAAGCACAGAAGCAGGAAAGAAAAGUUUUCUCUGUUCGGUUCUCGCUCCACCAGCAGGACCACCAACCCUCCCUCUUCAUCCUCCUCCUCUUCCUCUCCCGUGAUCCCCUCAGCCCCAGCCGUGAAGCGGGCGGACCGGCCGCCCUGCUGCGGCGCCCCCGGCCUGAGCAAAGCAGAAUUCUUGGAGCGCGUGCGCCGCAGUAACCAGGCCUGCCAGCAGGGGGAGUACGCCCUGGCCGUUCAUCUGUACAGCGAGGCCCUGACCGCCGACCCCCAGAACUGCAUCCUGUACAGCAACCGCUCCGCAGCCUAUCUCCGGCUGGGCCAGUACAGCACCGCUCUGGACGACGCAAUCAAAGCACGACUCAUCAACCCCAAAUGGCCCAAGGCCUACUUUCGUCAAGGGGUUGCCCUGCAGUACCUGGGCCGUCAUGCCGACGCCCUGGCGGCGUUCGCCUCUGGCCUCGCGCAGGACCCCAAGAGUCUCCAGCUGCUGGUCGGCAUGGUGGAGGCCGCCAUGAAAUCGCCCCUCAGAGACUCUCUUGAGUCCACCCACCAGCAGCUCCAGAAGAUGAAGCUGGACAAGAGUCCGUUCGUGGUCGUGUCGGUCAUCGGACAGGAGCUGCUGACCCACGGUUUCCACGGAGCCUCGGUUGUGGUGCUGGAGGCGGGGCUGAAGAUCGGCACGUGCUCGCUAAAGCUGCGUGGAUCCGUCUUCUCGGCCCUGAGCGCCGCGUACUGGUCUUUGGGCAACACAGAGAAGAGUAUGGCCUACAUGCAGCAGGACCUGGAGGUGACCAAGACUUUAGGUGACCAGUCAGGUGAAUGUCGCGCUCAUGGGAACCUUGGCUCCGCCCUCUUCUCCAAAGGCAGUUACAGAGAAGCUUUGGCCAAUCACAGAAACCAGCUCGUGCUAGCCAUGAAGCUCAAGGACAGAGAGGCUGCGUCCGACGCUCUCAGCAGUCUGGGCCACGUGUACACCGCCAUCGGUGACUACCCUAACGCGCUGGCGAGCCAUAAGCAGUGUGUGCUUCUGGCGCGACAGACCCGGUGCCAGCUCUCCGAGGCUCGCCAGCUGGGCAACAUGGGCGCCGUGUACACGGCGCUGGGAGACUUCGCCAAUGCCGUUCAGUGCCAUGAGCAGCACCUGGACAUCGCAAAGACUUUGGAGAACCGGCGUGAGGAGGCGCGAGCCUACAGCAACCUGGGCAGUGCCUACCACUCUCAGCGGGACUUCGACAAGGCCAUAUCGUACCAUACACGAGUGUUGGAGUUGGCACAAGAGCAGGGCGACAGAGCGAUCGAGAUGAGGGCAUAUGCUGGUCUGGGUCACGCUGCCCGAUGCAUGCAGGACCUGGAGAGGGCGCGUCAGUACCACCAACACCAGCUGGAAAUUGCUCAGGAGCUGCAGGACAGAGCAGCUCAGGGCCGAGCCUCGUCCAACCUGGGCAUCAUUCACCAGAUGAAGGGGGAGUAUGAGGCAGCACUGAAGCUCCACAAAGCUCACCUGUCCUUCGUCCAGGAGCUGAGUGACUACGCCGCCCAGGGGAGGGCCUAUGGCAACAUGGGCAACGCCUACCACGCACUGGGCAUCUACGACCAAGCUGUGCGGUAUCACCGGCAAGAACUGCAGAUCUCGCUGGAGGUGAAUGAUCGUCCGUCGCAGGCCUCCACUCAUGGUAACCUGGCCGUGGCCUACCAGGCGCUGGGCGCUCACGACCGAGCUCUGCAGCACUACCUCCACCACCUGACCAUCGCACGAGAGCUCCGGGACACUCAGAGCGAAGCGAGAUCGCUAGCAAACUUGGGAAACUUCCAUAGUUGGAGAGGAGAAUACGCUCAGGCUUUGCCGUACUACCAGCAGUACCUGGUUCUGGCUCCAGGCUUGCAGGACCUGGAGGGAGAAGGCAAGGUUUGCCACAACCUCGGCUACGCUCACUACUGCCUCGGACAGUACCGAGACGCUGUCAGGUAUUACGAGCAGGACCUGGCUUUGGCGAAGGACCUCCAAGACAAAUUUGCCCAAGCAAAAGCCUACUGUAACCUUGGUCUGGCCCACAAAGCACUGGGGGAGUACAGCAAAGCAGAGGAGUGUCAGAGAUACCUGCUUUCUCUGGCACAAGCCUUGGAUAACACACAGGCAGUUUUCAGGGCCUUUGGGAACCUGGGCGAUGUGUGUGUGUGUCGGGGAGAUCUUCCUGGAGCUGUGAGGUUCUACCAGCAGCAGUUAACCCUGGCUCAGAAGGUCAACGACCACAAAAUGGAGGCUGACGCCUACUCAGCACUGGGAUCGGUUCACAGGCUGCUCCGGCAGCUGGACGCGGCCUUGUCCUUCCACAGCCAGGAACUGACCGUUCGAAAGGACCUCGGCGACCAGCAGGGGGAGUGCCGCGCCCUCGGCCACCUGGCAGCGGUGCACAUGGCCCUGGGAGACUAUGCCACAACCUUCCAGUGUUAUGAGGCGCAGCUGGGCCUGGCACAGGGACUCCGGGACGCCCGUCUGGAGGCCCAGGUCCACGGGAACAUGGGCAUCACCAAAAUGAACAUGGGGGUGUUCGAGGAGGCUAUUGGCUAUUUUGAGCAGCAGCUGGCCAUGCUGCAGCAGCUGAGUGGGACUGAGAGCAUGCUGGACAGAGGCAGGGCCUAUGGGAACCUGGCAGACUGCUAUGAUGCUCUAGGAGACUAUGAGGAGGCCAUUCAGUACUACGAGAAGUACCUGACGAUGGCUCAGAGUCUCAACCAUGUUCAGGACCAGGAGAAAGCCUACAGAGGACUCGGCAAUGCGCACAGGUCCAUGGGGAGUCUCCAGCAGGCGUUGGUGUGCUUUGAGAAGCGGCUGGUGGUGGCUCACGAGCUGGGUGGAGAAGGCGGGGGUAAGGCCCAGGCUUACUGGGAGCUGGGAACCUUACACAGCCAGCUGGGCAACUAUGAGCAGGCCCUCUCCUGCCUGGAACACCAGCUUAGCAUCGCACGCACAGCAGGGGAUAAAUCCUUGGAGGCAGAAGCAAGUGAUGCACUCGGAGGCGUUUAUCAGCUGAUGGCAGACAACGAGACAGCGCUACAGUGGCAUCAAAGGGCUCUGGACAUAGCAGAGCAGACGGGAUGUGUGAGGAGUCAGGGUCGAGCCUACGGCAACCUGGGCCUGACCUACGAGGCUUUAGGAAACCACGAGCGGGCCGUGGUCUUCCAGGAGCAGCACCUGAGCGUGGCGGCGCAGACCAACGACCUGAUAGCGAAAACUCUCGCCUACGGGAGCCUGGGAAGGACACACCACGCCCUGCAAAACUAUGCACAGGCUGUGAUGUACCUGCAGGAAGGUCUGCGCCUGGCAGAGCAGUUAGGACGGAGGGAAGAUGAAGCUAAGAUCCGCCAUCGCCUGGGCCUGUCUCUGUGGGCCAGCGGAAACCUGGAGGAGGCGCAGCACCAGUUGUACAGAGCGUCCAUGCUGUUUGAGACGAUCCGUCACGAGACGCAGCACAGCACAGAUUACAAGCUCUCUCUGUUCGAUCUGCAAACCAGCUCGUACCAGGCGCUCCAGAGGGUCCUCGUCAGCCUAGGCCGGCACGAUGAGGCGUUGGCCAUAGCGGAGCGAGGGCGAACACGUGCCUUUGCAGAUCUCCUGGUCGAGCGUCAGAGAGGAAGCCAGCAGGCGGCGAGCAGUGACCCUUACAUCCCGGUGACCGUGGAGAACAUCCUGGAGACGGUGAACGGUCAGAGGGCCGUGGUCCUCUACUUUUCUCUGGCUGGAGGCUUUCUGUACAGCUGGCUCAUAUCUCCAGGAUCAGGUAUCGUGAAGUUUAACGAGGUGUACCUUGGAGAGGCCGGGGCGGAGGCGUCUGAGCUGCAGGACGGUGGUGGUGGGAGCCCACAGGGUGGAGGAGGAGCGGGCGGAGGUCCUCUGGCUCUGGAGCAGUACAUCAGCAACGCUCGAGAGGCUCUGGGAGUGGACAGCCAUUACAGCAGGGUUUGCUCCAGCAGCGAGACGGAGAGCGAAGCCGGAGAUCUGCUGGAGCAACAGUUCGAGGAGCUGAACAACAGACUGACCUCAGCCGGCGACCCCACAGGCUACCUCCGCAUGGUGUCCAGAAACAACCUCUUUAACAGGAGCUGUCAGAGCAUGACGAGCCUGUACAGCACCACAGUGUCUCCAGUGAAGGACAGCUCGUCGUCUCCUCUCAGCCGACUGAGCAACAUCAGCAAACCCCCCCUACGAGCCCUUUACGACCUACUCAUAGCGCCGAUGGAAGGGGGCCUGAUGCACAGCAGCGGCCCCGUGGGCCGACACCGGCAGCUCGUGCUGGUGCUGGAGGGAGAAUUGUACCUGAUCCCAUUCGCCUUGCUCAAAGGCAGCUCCUCCAAUGAGUACCUUUAUGAAAGGUUCAGCCUCAUUUCUGUCCCGUCUUUAAGCAGCCUGGCAGCCACAAUCAAGCCUCAUCCUCGCCGCGGCGGUCCCUUGCUGUGCUCAGACGGAGGUUCAGUGGCUGCUGUGGUUGGAGCUCCUCGCCUGCCCCCCUCUGUGAUGGGCCGCUGGCUGUGGGGCCCCUUGCCUUCAGCCCAGGAAGAGGCUCUUUGGCUGGGGGAACAGCUGGGAUGUCACCCCCUCUCUGGUGCGAACGCCACAAAGGAGCGUGUUUUAGCGGCUCUGAGCCAGGCUGAGUGCGUUCACUUUGCCACUCAUAUAUCCUUUAAGCUCGCCGCUUUGAUCCUCACCCCCAGCCAAGAGCAUGCCGGAGGCGAGGGUGCCGGCAGGCAACCCCGGGAGAAAUCACCGUGUGGGGCGUUGAGCUCAGGUGAGACGGCGGGUCAGGACGGAAAGAUCAGGGGUUCCUUCGUGAGUCACGGCAGCCCAGAGAGGCUCAGAGGAGCCGAGGACGCCAGCGAGGAUGGAGAAAGUGUGUGUGAGGUGGAGAGUGUGUGCGACAGUCCGCCACUUCAUGACUUCCUCCUCACUGCUGCGGACAUACUGGACCUGUGCUUGACCGUCAAACUGGUGGUUCUGAGGUUGUACCCGGAGUCCAGCAGCAAGGUGACGGCAGACGGGGUGGUGGGUCUGACCCGAGCCUUCUUGGCCGCGGGGGUCCAGUGUGUGUGCGUCUCUCUGUGGCCUGUACCGAUCGCUGCCUCCAAACUGUUCACGCACACCUUCUACACCGCCCUCCUGAACGGCACCAAAGCCAGCGCAGCUCUGACGGAGGCCAUGAAGACACUGCAGAGCAGCAAGCACUUCUCACACCCCUCCAACUGGGCUGGUUACAUGCUGAUCGGCAGCGAUGUGAAGCUGAACAGCCCCAUGUCGCUGGUCGGCCAAGCCCUGGCAGAGAUCCUGCAGUACCCAGAGAGGGCCCGGGAUGCCCUCAGAGUGCUGUUACACCUGGUCGAGAAGUCUUUGCAGCGUAUUCAGAGUGGUCAGUGUAACCCGAUGUACACAUCGCAGCAGAGCGUCGAGAACAAGGUGGGUGGGGUGCCGGGGUGGCAGGCCCUCCUGUCUGCUGUGGGCUUCCGGCUGGACUUCUCUGGUAGCGGUGCUGGACUCCCGGCGGCGGUUUUCUUCCCGACCUCAGACCCUGGAGAUCGGCUCCAGCAGUGCAGCACCACCCUACAGUCCCUGCUCGGUCUGACUCCUCCAGCUCUGCAGGCUCUCUGCAAACUGGUCACAUCGUCUGAGGCCGGAGAGCAGCUCAUCCAUAAGCUUCACCAGGUGCUGGUGCAGUUGCAGUCGGGCGACAAAGAGCAGGACUUUUCACUGGCUCCCAUUCAAGUGUCGAUAAGCGUGCAGCUCUGGAGGCUUCCAGGCUGUCACGAGUUCCUGGCUGCGCUUGGUUUCGAUCUGUGUGAGGUGGGUCAGGAGGAGGUGGUGCUGAAGACUGGAAAGCAGGCCAGCAGGCGCAUCAUGCAUUUCGCCCUUCAGUCUCUUCUCGCUCUCUUUGACUCCACGGAGCUUCCCAAGCGCCUGAGCAUGGACAGCUCGUCCUCCCUGGAGUCUCUGUCAUCCUCCCAGUCGGCCUCCCAGCCCCACUCGUUACCCCUCUCCGGCUGCUACCCUCCUCAGCCCUCCUUCUUACCCCCGGUCUGCCCCGACAACCUCUCCUGCGACGCCAUUUCCGUCUACAGCCUCAGCUCCCUCGCCUCCUCCCUCAGUUUCCUGUCCCGACCUGAGCCCGCAGGAAGCGACAUCAUCAGCCAGCGCUCACAUCAGCAGGAGCUAGAGAGACCUCGCGGGGGAGGCGGGCUCUACGCCUCACACCGCCAUUCAGGUGGCCUGCCGAGAGGCCUGCUGACCAAUCACGGAGGAGGCCUGACGGGAGAAGGGGAGGAAGAGGAGUAUGAGGGGUACUCCAUUAUAAGCAGUGAGCCACUAGGGCGAGGGAGGAGGGACUGUGACACACUGCCACUACCUGCGGGACACAGACAAGGCAGAGGCGGCGCUGGGAGGGGGUCCGCUGGAGGUCACGGGUACCCCGUUUCACUUUCCUCCAAGGGGAGCAUCAGUACACCUACGUCUCCAAUAAAAGCUCCACCGCUGACCCUGAAAGUUCCCACCAGCUCCAAACACAAGCAGGAAGUCUCAUCUCCUCAGAGGACCGGGAAAGGGAAGGUUAGCAGCUCUGAGUCGGACCAGUCGAGCACUGAGACAGACAGCACGGUCAAAUCCCAGGAGGAGAGGACGGUACCUGCGGGACAACUGGACCCCCAGGAACUGGCCCAGAAGAUUCUGGAGGAGACCCAGAGCCACAUGCAAGCUGUGGAGAGCCUGCAGAAAGCGAACAUGAGGGGGAAGACGCUGAGGGGGCCUGAGGGCAGAGAGGAGGCACAUGCCAGGCAGCCCUCUCUGUCGACUCCCACAACCCCAACUUUGACUCCCGCGGGAGGUGCACGGGGGUUUCAGCCCUCUGAGACCAGCGCAUUCAGCAGACCACCCAGUAGAGCAAGUCUGAAGGCUUGCUCCUCUCCUCUUUCCCUCUCUAGUCAUCUCUCCCCCCUCCCAACAUCUGUUUCAACACCUCCUCCAACUCGGCCUAAACCACCAUCCCGCUCCUCAUCACUGCAGAAAAUCAGCUCCGGCUGCAGCAGCCCAGCUCGUUCCACUCCUUCGUUAUGUCUCUCUGUGAAGGAGCGGGGUUCGCCUUUCCCCGCAGCCUCAACCGAUGUGCAUCCGCAGGCUCAGCUCAAACUGAAAUACCCUACCUCACCUUACACCACCCACAUCUCACCAUCCCACUCUCCUGCUGUCAGCGCCCCAUCACCCGCCCUUUCCUAUUCCUCCACAGGGUCCGUUUCCGCCUCCUCCAGCCCCGCAAACACCCCCGACCUGAACCAGCCAAAACAGGACCACAAAGUCCAGGCUGUUCAUAAUUUAAAGACCUUCUGGGCCAACGCGGGCCAGAAACACGAGGUGCCCUGCCCUGCCAGUUUACUCCGAGGUGGGAAUAAAAAAAUGAGUACAGUCCAGAAAGAUGUUUUGGGUUUGCUAAAUCUCUCACCGCGACAUGAGUCCGUCAGCAAAAACGUGGAGGAAUCUGAGGAGCGAAACACUGGCGACAGACCAAACGGUCACCAAAAACUGGAGGCUAAACCACCUCCAGCUCCAUCGUCUAAUCUUCCAACAAACUCCAAAGGAGGCAUCAAACUUCCGUCUGGGAACGGCUACAAGUUCCUCUCACCCGGACAUUUUUUUCCAUCGUCUAAAUGUUGAGAUUUGGGAUGUUUGCCCUGCUGAACUCAGCUCCGUUUUUUUGGUGUUUGUACUACGACAGAAGCUGUUCAUUUACCGGCUGAAUACGUCAACAUUUUUAGCAAUACCUGCUGAAUACGAGGAAAAAGAAGUACUGUUUCAUACUGACAGUGAU